AAUUGCUUCACGAAAACGUUUGCUUCUUAUCAAGGAUUUCUCCGCUAUGUGUACUUUUUGGCGAACUUCAUGUGACUGUAAAAUUAUCUGCCAUAUCCUUCAUAUUUUGAUUAUGUAAAAGAGAUAAUAUAUAAACCCUGAAUUAGCAUGCCAGGUAUGCAUUGGUGCAUCGCCCCUAAAAAUUCAUCAAAAAGGAACUGAAGAUAUAUCAAAGAAAUGAAUGGUAAAUGAAGUCAAUGAAAAACAUAUGAUGCAAAAAAAAAUUAAUAGGAAUGAAAUGAAUGGAAACCAGUAUUAUUUGAAUGCAUUGCAGAUUUUUUCUCAGUAGCCUAGAGAAUGGUGUCGGCCAAACCAUACACAGGUCAGAAAUACCAAAAGAUAAAGAAGGAAUGUAUCAGGAAGAAGACUCUGUUUAGGGACAGCGAGUUCCCUCCCGAGGGCCCCUCCCUGUUCUACAGCAAGGCGGCUCCUGCGGACAUACUCUGGAAAAGACCCGGGGAUAUCGUUUCCAAUCCGCGCUUUUUCACUGAAGGUCGUGGAGCAGACGAUUUCUCCCAAGGUUCCCUGGGAAAUUGUUGGUUCGUCGCGGCGUGUGCCUGUAUUGAAGAAAGGAAAAACUUUUUGCGAAAAAUUGUACCGGAUAUUGAGAAACAAGACUGGGCAAAGGGCCGGAAGUACGCCGGGAUAUUCCAUUUUAAGUUCUGGCAGUGCGGAGAAUGGGUCGAUGUCGUCAUAGAUGACUUUCUUCCCACCCGACAAGGAAGACUAAUCUUCAUGCACUCCAAAUCCAGAAACGAAUUCUGGUCGGCACUACUAGAGAAAGCGUAUGCAAAAUUAUUUGGGGGUUACGAGGCGCUGGUGGCAGGAAAAGCUAAGGACGCCAUGGUCGACAUGACAGGGGGCGUGGCAGAAGGGAUAGAAAUCAAGGACUACAAAAACGAGGAGGAGAGAAAGAAAUUGUUCAAGAUUCUACGUAAAUCAAAGGAAAACAUGUCGUUAAUAAGUACAUCUAUUGCAGCAGUAGGAAAAGAGAUGGAGGAGAAGCUAUCAUGUGGUCUGGUGAAGGGCCACGCCUACAGCGUGACGAACGUCCGGAAACUAAAACUUGGGACGGGCCUCAAGUCCAUAUUCAGCCGAGAGAAAAUCCACAUGAUCCGGUGUCGUAAUCCGUGGGGAGGAUCCGAUUGGAAAGGGGCGUGGAGUAACGGAUCACCAGAAUGGAAGAAAGUAAGCGAUAGCGAGAAAAAGGAGCUUGGUCUUACGUUUGCAGAUAAUGGAGAAUUUUGGAUGUCGUUUGAGGAUUUCUGUCGGUACUUUACGAGCAUCGACAUCUGUCACAUGAUUAACACUUCCUUCUUCUCGACGUCCAAGACAUGGAAGGAAGAUAUAGUGGAGGGAGAGUGGAAGAGGAACCAUUGUGGAGGAUGCGCCAACAACAAAACAUUUCUGGAAAAUCCUCAAUAUAUGUUUGAAAUAAGCGGCUUUGAAGAAGAAAUCCUAGUCUCUUUGGAGCAAUUUGACAGACGCACAGAAAAAGUCAAAGGAAAGUCCAACUACACUAUAGGUACCACCAUUGUCAAAGCAGAUGUAAACCGGAAGUACAGGAUGCACGAUAAACUAGAGAGGGUGCAUUCUGGGCCGUUUUCUAACGCUAGGAAUGUGUUUGCCCGUGUGAACGUGCGUCCCGGACGUUACGUCAUCAUUCCGUCCACGUUUGAACCAGGUUGUCAUGGGAAAUUCAUUCUCAGAACAUACAGCAGCAAGGGACUGAACCUUCGAGAACUGCGAUUGGACGAGCCUGCCCCGCCCACUUUGUGUGUGAUUCCCUCUACUCUCAAGAGGAAGAAAACUUGCGCAACGCAGGUCACAAUGGUAAGAGGCGAGGAAUUUCCAGGAAACGGAAGGAAAGGCGGGUAUCUUUACUGUAAAAUAAGAUGUGACGGCAGGGUGCUAUACACGAGACUAUGUAAGGACACACUAAAUCCAGAAUGGAACGACCGAACGACAUUCUACAGAAAGAGUCCGGAAAAGGACAUCAUAAUUGAGGUGUGGCACAGGGGAAGAGUGAUGGACACGUUUCUGGGUAAGUGCGUGAUUCCAAUGUCUGAGAGCGCCACCUACCGGGGAGGAAACGUCAACAGGAGGUUCGGACUCACCGCCAGGGGGAAGAGGAAAGAGAAAAUGGAGGGGUAUAUUUGGCUCAAAGUUUUACAUACGAAUGAUUUAAAAAGGGUUUGAUUAUGGUCAAACGUUAUAUUGAAACAAUUUCAUGUAUAACGAACUAUGCACCUUUAUACAUGUAUACUAUACACCUUACUUUUUUUUAAUAUCUGCAUACCUACAUGUAUUGUUAUGAAAUAUUUGUUCAGUCAUCAUUUUUUUUUGUUACAUUUUCAUUCUCUUUUCAUUGUGUUUUUCAACUUUGCAACCGACCCAUGAAUUCUUAUAAUAAACCCAAAGGUUUUCCUUUAACAUGGCUGAAUAGUCAACAAAUGAUAUAAAAGUAUUUUUGCAUAGCAAAUAUACUCUUCUUUUUUGUUUGUCUAGAUAGCUUUUAAAAUAGUACUUAAUUUUUGAAGAUCUAGAACACUUUGACGAUUAGAUUGUUUUCGUGUAAAGCCUAUACAAAUACACUUAUGAAUCCUGUUAUAAUACAUUUUGUUAUUUACAUGUAGCUGUCAUUUUGUAAUUUUUGAAUUUACUGCCACCCGGUAAAUUCAAAAUUUACAACAAAACAUAGCUUUUACAAGUCAUAACCCGUUUUUUGGUUUUAUUUGUUGGAUGUUUGUUGAAUUUUAUUUGUUGGAUUUUUAAGGAAUUUUUUUCGGGUUGUGGUAGACUGUUAGUUUUGGGUUUUUUUGUUAUAAGUGCGGUGUUCAUCCAAUGAAAGAUAAUUAUAUGUAUCACUGUUUCAUGUCACUUGACUCAAUCUGAUUUUAAAUAAUGUACAUGUUCUGAAUAUGUUUGUUUAUUUAUACGGAUAAUUAUUUUAUGUACAUGUAUGUUGUGUUCCCUAUGUAUUUGAGGAUGUGUGAACAAGAAAAAGAAGAAAAACAUUUCUAUUAAAAAUAUCAAAAUUUA